AUGUCUUCGAAAACCCGAUACUAUCUAGAACAGGCUAUUCCAGAGGUCGAUGAUCUUGUUCAAAAGGGUUUGUUUACCAAAAAUGAAGUUAGCACUAUCAUGAAGAAAAGAACUGAUUUUGAACACCGUCUAAACUCCAGAGGGUCAAGAAUCAACGACUACGUUAAGUAUAUCGAAUAUGAGGAGAACUUAGAUAAGCUACGUCAGAAAAGGGUUCAAAGAAUACUGCAAAGCAAAAAAACUAACAGCAUAUCUGACUGGUCUAUUCAACAAAGAAUUCAAUUCAUAUUUCAAAGAGGCUGUAACAAGUUUCCACGAGAGCUGAAAUUCUGGUCGAUGUAUCUGAACCAUUUGAAGACCAGAGGAAGAAAAACAUCAUACCGGAAAAUUCACAAUGUCUACAAUCAAUUACUUAAACUUCAUCCGACAAACGUGGAUAUCUGGAUCAGCUGUGCUAAAUAUGAAUAUGAGAUUCACGCAAAUUUCAAAAGUUGUAGGGCAGUAUUUCAAAAUGGUUUGAGAUUCAACCCCGACGUCCCAAGGCUUUGGUAUGAAUACGUCAAGUUCGAGUUGAAUUUCAUUACUAAACUCAUUAACAGAAGAAAAGUCCUAGGUCUGAUUAAUGAAAGGGAACAGGAGCUCGACAUGCAAAAUCAACAAGAGGAAGCUGUUGCUAAAAAUGGCGAUGAUUCUGAUGUCGAUAACGAGGACUCCCUCGCUGCUCCUUCCACUGGUGAUUCCAUGAAGGAUAAAUUGAAUGACUUACCAGAGGCCGACAUGAAUAUGCUGGGUAAUGAAGACACCAAUCCAGCGUUACGCGGUGAUAUUGCAUUAACCAUCUUUGAUGUUGGAAUGAACACACUGGGGAAGCAAUUCCUUGAUAAGCACAAGGGAUAUUACGCUAUCACUGAUGCAAAGAUCGAUAAAGAGGCAACUAACGCUUUGAUUCAACACUUAUUUGAAAUAUCUAUGACUUUUGUCAAGCUUUUUGACGACUUUCCCGAUCUAAAGAGAGACUAUUUGAUCAACCACGUUGUCCAAUUCUGGAAAGAAGAACACUACGGUACUACUUUGGAGAGGGAAUUUCCAGACUUGUAUCUCAAGCUUUUAAUAAUCGACAUCAGCCUGAAUAUAAGAUACAUGGAUGCGGAAGAUCUUGAUAUCGAAAAAUUGCAAUUAUCUGUCAACAAGUACUUUGCCUAUAAGAGCAAGAUUGGUCAGGAUUCAUCUAAAGCCCUCACAUCUUCUUACAGCGAAUACCUACAGGAUGCACUUCUGGCUAAAUUGGACAAGGAAAAUGAUCCCAGAUAUAAUAUCAUAGGUGCGAUUAUAAAGAAGCUUUAA